AAUAACAAAAUCAACUUGGGAGUACUAUAAAUAGAAGGGUCGUCUCAUUUGUUUCAGACCAUCGAGAACUGCAGGGCGCGAAUUUGACAGCAUAGGGUUGUCUCAUUUGUUUCAGACCAUCGAGAACUGCAGGGCGCGAAUUGGCUGUCAAAUAUCGAUAGUUGCAAUGGCUGAGGUAAAAUUGUUGCAAUGUAGACAGUUGUAUUGAAGGUUGCUAUGUCCUGUCAAGGUUGUGUUGGAGCUGUAAAGCGAGUGCUCAGCAAAAUGGAAGGGGUCGAAUCAUAUGAUGUGAACUUGCAAGACCAAAAAGUGACAGUGAAAGGAAAUAUAAAACCUGAGAUAGUUCUGCAAACUGUCAGGAAUGCUGGCAAGGAGACAAGCUUCUGGCCAGCUGAAGGGAAGUAAACUUCCAAUUAACAAUAGAUAUCUACAGUUGGAACACUUAGUAUGAUAGCAUCGGAGAGUAUAUCUUACUAAUCAUCAUGAGGCACUUCUAAAUAAGAUUGUAAUCAAUUUAGUGACCUUGAUCAUAAUAGAAAUUUGCAGAAUCUAUACAUUCUGCAUUUUAGUAGUAAA